AUGGAUCUCGAAGAAAUCGCAAGUUGUUUCAAGCAUCCAAUCCCGAUCUUCGUCGGAUUCUUUUGUCAGUUCGCCAUCAUGCCCGCUUUAUCGCUGGGUAUUGUGAAGAUGUUUGGACUUGACACCGGGUACGCGCUGGGUCUUCUUCUAUUGGGAUGCUGUCCCGGCGGUAAGAUUAGCAACGACCUAACUAUCCUACUCGACGCUGAUUAUACCCUUAGCGUAACGAUGACGGCUUGUUCGACGGCACUGGCUUUGGCAACGAUGCCCUUGAAUAUAUUCAUAUAUACCAGAUUCUUGAUUCAGUCAGAAAAUAUCGAAACGCCUUACGGCCAGAUUGCUAUGCAGAUAGCCAUUCUCAUGACCCCUAUCCUACUCGGAAUGUUGCUUAAGUAUAAGCUUCCAUCAAUCAAAGACAAGGUUUUGAAGAUUUUGAAGCCCAUUGUAGCAGUCGUAAUGUUAGCAUCUGCUGGCCUGCUGAUUCCGUUUACUUUGUAUAUCUUUUUGUCUCCCUUAUAUGUUUACCUUGCUGCUUUCCUGCUACCUGUAUGUGGAGCAUUCCUUGGUGGAUUUAUUGCAAAACUGCUGCAACUUCCGAACAAUAAAGUGGUUGCCAUUUCUAUGGAAACAGGGGUUCAGAACGGGUUGUUUGCUUUAGUUGUCCUUAGAGCCGUGUACCCUUCACCGGAAGCAGAUUUGGCUUCUUCGGCGCCAACUUUAUCCUUUCUGUCAAUGCUUCUUAUUGGCAUCGUACUGGUCAUCGGCAAGAUCGUCUACACCAGAUUUGUAAAGCGGAAGCAAGGCGAAGACACCGAAAAUAUCAUCAAGAUAGAGUCGGAUGACCAAGGCAAAGGAAAGGAGGAAAAUGGAAAGGCAGUUGUCCUCACCUCUAUAAACACGCUUGAUGAUGACCAAAUUAUAUGCAAAAACAACAACAAACUUGUCGGUAUCAGUUUUCCUGGUGGAGAUGCUGGUGGCGAUAGUGGUGGCGAUGGGAUUUUCUGUGGAUAG